UAAUCAUACAGAGAGGGGAGUGAAUGGAGAUUGGCAGGGUGACUUUCAACUGCCAACAGUCACCCUGGAGUGCUUGGGUGAAGGACCAAGAAUAUUACUCCUUUUCUGAUGGAGAAGAGAACUUAUGUGGUCACCCUCAACAUGCCUUUGAUUCUCCUUCAAGUCCAGUUUCUCACCACUGCCUAGAAAAAUAUCCAAUUCACAGGACUGAUGUGUCCUUCCUGAACGUCUUCCUUUUUGGAGGCAGUGUGAGAAAGUUAAAGACAUCUAGAAAGGACUAAGAGUAGAAUGGAAGAAGAGAAGACACAGGGAAGCAAAUGUGGAGACCUUAAAACCAGGAAUAGAAAUAGAGAAAGAAGCUAGGAUGAAAGGGGAGAGAAAAAUCACAGAAAAUAACAGCCCGAGGGGGUAAGCGAAGAGAAAGAGAGAGGAGGAAAAACCGAUUUAUUGCUGAGAAGAGUUUCUCUCCUUAAGUCCUCUAGGUCAAGAAGUCAGACAUGGCACAGAGCAUGGAAAGGAGGCAACGGAUGCCCAGUGCAUGAUCUGGAGAAGCAGGAGUCCAGCCCGAUGGGAGUGCAAUCCCGAGCCCCGAUGGCUUCUGCCGUGGUGUAUUUCAUCCAGCUUCCUUGGGCAAGAUGUGAGGAGAACUGUGUCAAUCCUGAACAUUGCCUGACCACAGAUUGGGUACAUCUCUGGUAUAUAUGGUUGCUGGUGGUCAUCGGCGCGCUGCUUCUCCUGUGUGGCCUGACUUCUGUGUGCUUCCGCUGCUGCCUGGGUCACCAGCAAAAUGGGGAAGACGAGGGCCGGCCACCCUAUGAAGUGACGGUCAUCGCUUUUGACCAGGACAGCACUCUCCAGAGCACGAUCACUUCCCUGCAGUCAGUGUUUGGCCCUGCGGCUCGAAGAAUCCUGGCCGUGGCUCACUCCCCCAGCUCCCUGAGCCCGCUGCCGUCCUCCCUGGACACCCUCCCAGGGUAUGAAGAAGCUCUUCACAUGACUCGCUUCACUGUUUCCAGGUGUGGCCAGAAAGCACCUGAUCUACCCCCAGUGCCAGAAGAAAAGCAGCUGCCCCCAAUGGCAAAGGAGUCUCCUCGAAUAGAACACCGUUCUAAUUGAUGGGAACUCUGGUUUGAUCAAUGGGUUGGGGGUUUCCCCAGGGUUGGUAGAGAUUCACAGACAAAUGGAACAUUUUUUUCCCCCUAACUUUCAGAAGGCUUAGGAUGGCCAUCUAAACAACAUUCAGUGGCAAAGAUGGAUUCCAACCCAGACACAUAUAUUUUCUGCUAUGGCAUGCUCUAGUCGAGAACUCUUCUUUAUCCAGUGGCCACAAUUUGCAGUUAACCUGUAGCAAUGCUGAUUACUACUGAACAGGAAAGCAUCAAAGGGAUCUUGGAUUCCUUCAGCUAUUGAGUUCCUUUCCCCAUAGGAUGCUGCAAGUUGCUGGUUUCUCUACCAGCAAAUAGAUUAUGUACACUUGUAGAGAAAGACCAGCCUGCAGGCACAGCCAGAGACGUUCAUGCACUGAAUUCAUACAUGCUUCCUCUCGAGAGAGCAUUCACUUUUAUGCUAAAUGACAAUGAUAAUUUUGUAAGUCAUGUAAUGCCUCACUGGACAUCCAGAAUCCAGGGGUGGGAUUGCAGGCCUGGGCUUAGAGGACACAGCAGAGUAAUGAAGUGCCAAAUAUCAAGGUCUUUCUUUCACUCUGGUUCUACCCACCAGCAGUAGGGGAAACUGCAUAGAAUGCAGUAACAGUUCUAUUCAUUUUUUAGUUCCUCUGCCCUGCAAACAUACGCGCACACACGGAAGCACGCAAGCAUAGACACACGCACGCUUUUCUAACUCUGAAAGAAUAGUGCCGCUUUGCUUCUUUCCUCUUUCCUGCUUUGACCAAGUGUCUCUACAGUAGUGACAAACACUUGCUUCUAGUGGUGGCCUUCACUGCCACCUAGUGGAGCCAUGGUAGAAAUGCAUCCUCCUGUUGGAGCCCAUCUGCAUACCUCUCUGGUUUCUGGAGCACUAACUGGGUGAGAUACUUCCCAGGGCACGAUCAUACUGUGUAGUGCUAAGCUGUCCACAUAACAUACUACCUCCAAAAUGUACUGUUAUUGGAAAAUUUAUAGGACGUGAAGUGUAUUGGGGGAAAUACUGCUUGCCAGUGACCUUAGAAAAGUCAUUGAACUCCCUCAGGCACAGUUUUCUCAUCCAUAAAUUAGGAGAUACAACUCUUCCAAGGAUUGUUGUGAAGAUCAAAUAAGCUAUAUGUAAAUGUGACAAGAUUUGUAAAUUAUUAUGCACAUGUAUUUGUUACUCUUAUUCUUGACAACUCAUUUUCACCUGCCUGCUAUGACUCUACUGAAAAUUAUGUUCUGAUUUGCCCUUUGGCAACCCAGCCUGCUAUGUCAUUGCCAAGUCACACCUGAUGUAGCUUUAUUUCAUCAAUAAAUAUUUGUUGA